AUGGAUAUUAAUGCUAUUAAAGGGCCAGGACAAUGGCUAGUCACCCCAAAUUACCUCAGACAAGGAACGCAAGCGAGCAAGUUGCCAGAAAAUUUCAGCACCAAUCCGUUGCACUUUUUAGGUCACGACACUCCAGGCCCGUCUACACAACAGACACCUGGCAGUUGGUAUGAGAAAGCAGUGCCACGACAACCAGCAUAUAUUCCUCCGUAUGGGAAUUUUACAUUUGAUGGUAAAUCAGCCCCACCAAUUUCUAACCAAUAUCAGCCGUUUUCAGUGGCAACAACUACAAAAGGGGUACCUCCAGAUCCUAGCACCGCUGGACCAUCAGGAACUUAUGGGAGCAAUCAACAGAUGUAUGCGGAGGAAACCGUCUAUAUACAAGAUCGAUUGCUUGACGGGAGCUUUGGGACAAUGACUCCAUAUAAAAUCUUCAAGGGAUCGAUACCUCCUGAGGCCUUGCAAACGACGGCUACUACUGCACCAGUAACUGGAUCGGCAACAAGCAACCAGCAGACCGCGCAGAUGGCAGAUCAGCAAUCGGUAGCGGUUGGGAAUAGGUUGUUGGCUAUGUUAGGGGGGUCAUCUUUGCCGCCACAUCCUACUAGAGAAGAGGUGCUGGAGGGCCAAGGGCAGAUGAAUAACUUGGGCCAACAUGCGGUUGGUAUAGGGCAAGCACUGCAGGUUAAUGCAAAUCCAACCUUGACUGUUGAUCAAAUUGAGUUGCGCCAAUUGAUGUCAGAAUUGCAGCGAGAUUUAGGUGUCAAGGUGCCGGAACCAGUAGUAAAUCAAGCUCAAUGUUUUGCUAUUGAAGAGGAGGAUGAGUUUGAGGAUAUCAACGCGGCGGAGAUAGUAAACAUGAAAGGUUAUAAAUGUAGUGCCUUGAAGAAGCCAAGUACCCCACAAGCAUACGGUGAGGCAAUCUUUGAAGACAUGCUAAAAAAUGGACAUGUUACGUAUCGGAAGGGGCAGGGACAGCCGAAGCCUGCCGAUAUAGAAGGCAAGACUUAUUGCAUGUAUCAUAUGUCCAUGACACAUGGAACAAAUGACUGCGUUGUGUUUCGGAAUGUGAUCCAAAAGAUGAUUGACGACGAGGACAUACAAAUAGAAGAACCAACAGUUGUCAUGAUUGAACCGUUUCCCGUUAAUCAUGUGAUUGGAAUGAUAGACAUGGAUCCACGGGCUAAUGCUUAUGCAAGACAGAAGGUGCACAUCGGCUGUCCAGACUGCGAUCAGAUUGUAGAUUCAAUUAAGGAAGAAGUGUGCCGAUUGGGAAGCAUGAAUGGUGGUCAUCUACAUCAGCGAAAUGCUAUUCCUUAG